AUGCAUCUGCCAGCGGGUCCAACAAUGGUGGCCAAUAACACACAAGUUUUGGCCGCUGCAGCGGCAGCGGCAGCAGCAGCGGCAGCCAUUUCCGCCGGAAAUGCUGUAACCGGAUCGAGCAUCACCAAUACACCACACACCAGCGUUAAUGCGGCGCACAAUACAAGCGCACAUUCGGCCAGCAGCACAGGAAGCUCCACACCGGAUCUUAGUACCAAUAACUCCACCUCGACCUCCUCCAACUCGAACUCCAACUCGAAUUCGACAUCCAAUCCCAAUGCCAAGAUGCCCAGCUCGAUGACAGAUAUGUUUGCCAGCCUCCAUGAGAUGUUGCAGGAAUAUCAUGGUGAAUUGGCCCAAACCGGCUCCCCAUCGAUCCUUUGCAGUGCUUUGCCCAAUCAUUGGCGAUCGAAUAAAUCACUGCCGGGUGCCUUCAAGGUGAUCGCUCUCGAUGAUGUCCCCGAUGGCACUCUGGUUUCCAUUAAAUGCGGCAACGAUGAGAACUACUGCGGCGAGCUGAGGAAUUGCACCACAACGAUGAAGAAUCAGGUGGCCAAAUUCAAUGAUCUACGCUUCGUGGGACGUUCUGGGCGGGGAAAAUCCUUUACGCUAACGAUCACCAUUGCCACAUAUCCGGUGCAGAUCGCUAGUUAUAGCAAAGCCAUCAAGGUGACGGUCGACGGGCCGCGGGAGCCAAGAAGUAAGCAAAGCUAUGGCUAUCCUCAUCCCGGCGCCUUCAAUCCCUUCAUGCUGAAUCCCGCCUGGCUGGAUGCCGCAUACAUGACCUAUGGUUAUGCGGAUUAUUUCCGUCAUCAGGCUGCUGCCCAGGCUCAGGCUCAGGUUCAUCAUCCUGCGCUGGUUAAGGCCGCUGCUGCCUCUGCCUCUGUGUCCCCCAACUCGCAGAGUAAUGUGGCAGCCACACAAUCCUCAGCGAUUGGUGCGGCGGCAGCUGCAGCAGCAGCAGCGGCGGCGGCUGCAUCGGCGGGUCAGCCAACGGCCAUGAUGCCAUCGCCACCGGGAGCUGCUCCGGCGGCUGCCUAUGCGAUGCCCCAGUUCCCGUUCAAUCAUGUGGCCAAGGCCACACCACAUGCCUUCCAUCCGUAUAAUUUUGCCGCUGCUGCCGGACUCCGGGCGCGUAAUGCUGCACUGCAUCCCAUCCAUGCCAUGCAGACCACGGAGGCUGCCCAGCCAAGUCCGGCCAGCUCGAGGCCCUCGAGCUCAUCGCCAACGCAAAGCCAUCAGAGUCAUGUGCUCCUCAAGCUAAACACCUCCAUUGAGACGAGCUCCAUUCAUGAACAAUCCGCCUCCGAUGCCGAUUCCGAUGAUGAGCAAAUCGAUGUGGUUAAAUCGGAAUAUGAUCUGGACAAGAGUAUUGAUUCCACACGCAGUUCACCGGCACAUCAUAUUGCACCGAUCACACCGAUCCGUAUGCGUUGUGAUCUCAAAGCGCCGUCGGCAAUGAAACCCAUUUACCAUGAGACCAGCGCCACGGAGGUGCCAUCGCCGGAGACCACCUGUAUACCGGCGGCCACCAAGCUCAAGAGUGCCGCUGUCCAGCAGAAGACCGUGUGGCGGCCCUACUAA